AUGUGGCAACAUCAUUGAAUUCAACUGUUGCUGGCUGUAUUUUAGAUCCAUGUACAAAAAUUCUGGAGAGUUUAGAAAAGCUUACAUUAGGCAUGGAUUUGGAAUCGAUUCCUAGCCUUGAAGAUGAACUUGAAAACAUAAAAAAUGUGACUGAUCAGGAUUUUUCUGAGCAAAAAGAUAAGGCUAGAGAAAACUUUGACAGUAUUCCUGAAAAAAUAAACAACGAAACACAAGAUUUUGUGGAUGAGGUGUUGGUAGCAUUAAAUGAUUUUCAAAAUCAAACCGAAGACGGAUUUCAUGAAUUGGAUGAUUUUGUGCAAGAUUUUGAAGAAGAAAUAAAUGGUCUAGACGAUGAUGACAUAUGGGAGAAAAUCAAACAAAUUGAUGAUUAUAGGUAUUAUACAUGCAUUGGUUUAGCCUGCUUGACUUUACUCAUUGUAAUAUUCAACAUUGUUGGUAUGGCAAUGGGUACGUGUGGGACAAAGAAAUCGGCACACCCUAUGGAGAGAACUAGAUUAUCAAAUGCAGGAGGAAAUACACUGGUUGCUGGCGCUGCAUUCUCUUUUUUCUUUUCUUGGUUGCUGGUUUUGCUGGUGAUGAUUAUGUUCUUUGCACUUGGUAAUAUUGCUCAACUGUGUGAACCACUGAAUACAUUGGAACUAUUUGAAGAGACAAUAGAUCAACCUGGACUAAUAACAGAUGGGUACUGGUUGGGUGAUACUCUUUAUCCUGAUGAGAACUCUAACUUGACUGUAUCUGGUCUCCUUGAGGACUGUGGACGAGAUGAACCUUUGUAUGAUGCAUUACAAUUAGUACAUUUCUUCAAUGUGAGUGAACUGACCGAAUAUAAAGAGGAACUCGGUAUUGAGGAGAAAUUGGAUUCUAUUGACAUCAACUUGGAGGAUAUUGAUAUAUUCACCACUGAUAUGGAGAAAGCUUUACGAGAUUUCCAAGAUGCUUUGAAUGACACAUCAUUUACUGAUUUUACUGAUGAGUUGAGUAAUAAUGUAACUAAUGUGGAUUUAACAGAAUAUGCUGAUACUAUUGACAAUCUAGCUGCAAAUAUCUCAGAUGAUGCAACUCGAUGGGCCCUUACAAAUGAUUCUCAAGAGCUCCGAAGGAUCGACAAAGAGUUGGUAGAACCCAUGGAAGAUGCUGCUGACCAUCUUGUUGUACAGUUGACUGCACUAGAGAAAAUAAAUGAUGAAAUACAAUCCAGUAUUGAUGUAAUAAUUGUUGAAGCCCAGGCAGCCGAGGAUCAGAUAAAUUCAAAUGAUACUGAGGAGAUUCUUGUCAACACUACUCACUUAUAUGCUGAAGAAUUACUUCUAGUUACAGAUGAUUACGUGAAUUACGCUGUCACACAGAUUACAGAGGAAGUAGCUCGUUGUUUGCCUGUAAGAACUAUAUAUGAUUCAGCUGUGGUUAUACUAUGUAAUUAUUCUAUUGAUGCUCUGAAUUUAAUAUGGUUCACUCUUGGAUGGUGUGUAUUCUUCUAUGUGCCAAGUAUUAUAUAUGGUGUAAAGCUAGCCAAAUACUAUCGUAUCAUGCAUAAAGAAUAUCCUAAAAACAAGAAAGAAAAAAAGAAGGCCAAGAAAAACCAAACAGAUAGUGUUGCCAUGAAAGACAUGAACAGUGAUGCUGACACUGCAGAUGGUUUAGACACUAAUCAUCUUGUUGUACACGACCAACCCAAUCAUUAUAAUGGUGCUUCUAAUAAAGAUUACUCGGGUCAUGCUAAUCCACAAUACAUGCAUGAUGAUCCAAUCAUGGCCUACAAUCACCCGAUGUCUGCACGUGCAGUGCCCCCACCUCCUUACAAUGAUGGUCAUCAAGGUAGAGGUAUUCCAGCAGCAUAUCAACACCGGGUAUUGCCAUAUACAUCUAACGAUUACAGUGAUCGUUCAAGACCAUACAUUAAUCAUCAACCAUCAGCAUUUCAACGGUAUAGCCAACAAACUGAUGAGCAGAAUGACUUGAAUGCCCCAGAUCAUCAUCACCAUCUCUCUGGUUAUUAUGAUUCACUAGAAGACAGUGAGUCUUAUAACUACCUCAAACCAGCUAAAGCAACACGUAACCCAUUGUACUACGAGCAUCCUGCGAGUGGAAUGGAUAUACCAGCAUCUGCUGGACAGAUAGACAUUGACAAUUGGACUUAUGGAAACCAACAAAUGAAUGGUGGCAGACCUAUGUCAACUGGAGCAGGAUUUCCUCGUAAUAUAAAUCAUCUAUAUUAA